AUGGUGUUCAUGCUGAAUCCUAGAACUAGUACUGUGGAAUUUGGUGGUAUAGGUGGUGCCAUGGCAAUUUCCAUUGGUUUGCCACUAUUCACUAUCUUCCUCAAUCAAAUGGUCAGACCCGACUAUUUCAUUCAGGGCUUUUUUAAGAAUUUUGAUCUUGUUCAAAUCUGUAAUGGGAUAAGAUCCUUUAGCUACUAUGUUAAGAGAUAUGAUGUUUGGACAUACUAUAGUGUUUGGUUUACAGUACUUGCUUUAUUUGAUAUAAUUUUACCUGGUAAGAAUAUGAAAGGCGUUGAACUGAGGGAUGGAUCUAAAUUACCGUAUAAGAUCAAUGGAAUUGCAAUGUCUGCCGUUUUAACGGUUAUGCUCGCUGUUAGAUGGACAUUGACGAAUGGAGAGCUACCAGAAUUGCAAUAUUUAUACGACAAUCACGUAGAAAUUUGCAUCGUAACAAUUUUAUUUGCAGUUUUGGUUUCCAUUUACUGUUACAUCGCUAGUUUCAUUCCCUUGAUGGGGAAAAAUGGCACGGGCUCCAAAGAGAAGAUUUUGGCUCUAGGUGGUAAUACAGGCAAUCCAAUUUAUGAUUGGUUUAUAGGUAGAGAACUUAACCCAAGACUCGGCCCUCUAGAUAUCAAGAUGUUUUGUGAAUUGAGACCUGGUAUGCUUUUAUGGCUUUUGAUCAAUUUAUCUUGUCUACAUCACCACUAUUUGAAAACUGGUGAGAUAAAUAAUGCCUUACUACUGGUGAAUAUACUGCAAGGUUUCUACAUUUUCGACGGUGUGUUAAAUGAAGAAGGUGUACUGACAAUGAUGGAUAUUACAACGGAUGGAUUUGGUUUUAUGUUAGCAUUUGGUGACUUAACGUUGGUACCAUUUACUUACUCUCUGCAGGCUCGUUAUUUAAGCAUUUCACCAAUUACAUUGAAUAAUGUACAAUUGUCAAUUAUAAUCGGGAUGAUGGCACUUGGAUAUUAUAUCUUCAACGCUGCCAAUACACAAAAAUCACACUUUAGACAGGGGAAAUUACCACAUUUGGAAAGCAUCAAAACUGAGAGGGGUACUAAACUGUUAUGCGAUGGAUGGUGGUCAAAAUCUCAACAUAUAAAUUAUUUUGGAGAUUGGCUAAUUUCAUUAAGUUGGUGCUUAACAACCUGGUCUCAAACACCUUUGACAUAUUACUAUUCAUUGUAUUUUGCGACCUUAUUAUUACACCGUCAAUCAAGAGACGAGCACAAAUGUCGUGCAAAAUAUGGCAAAAGCUGGGAAGAAUAUGAAAAAAGAGUUCCAUAUAAGAUAAUUCCUUAUUUGUACUAA